GAAGAGCCUUGUAUCUGUCACCGGAGAAUGUAGACUAGCGGUUUUAAUAAACACGUGGAUUACUAAAACAUUACAAUAUCUCAAAUUUGACAAUAAUAAAUAAAUAAAACAAAGUCAUAAAAAAGCCUCACCUCUCCUCCUAUCUCUCUCUUCUCUCUCUAGACUAGGCCAAGAGACGACAAGAGCACGAGGCUGCUGCACCUACUGGCUGCUGCACUGGUGGUCAGUACUCAGCACCAACCCCCCCCCCCCCCCCCACCCCCGUGGCUCCCUCCGCCCGCCGUGGCCGGCGCUCCACCCCCGUCUCCCAGGUAGCACCUCCGGCAGGCUGUAGAGGCCAAACAAGCACAGGGGGAGAGGCGACCGGCAGGCGGAAGCGUGCCUUCUCGGCUCCACGCACGCUCACGGCGGGGCCGGCUCGAAAGGCCCCAGAUGAGCUAGUCUAGCAGCGGCGCCGGGCACGUGGCCGCCGCUCCUCUCCUCUGCUGCUGGGCCCGCCGCCCGCCGCUCCUCUCUCGGUCGAGCGGAGCGGAGAUCCGUCCACCUGGUCGUGGAUUGGUUCUGCGUUUGUUGGGUUCUGUUCUCUGAUGCUGCAGUUUUACAUUUCUGAAGGAUUCAAAAGUCAACAGAACUAGAUGAUACUUCCAUAAUGCGGUCCUCAGAUAUUUGGAAGGCGCAUGCAGGUUCAUCACAGUCAGAGGGUUCAGCACUGGAUAUGGAGAGAAACGGAUGCAACCAUAACUGUUGUCCAUCUUCUCUCCAACCAAUUGCCUCAGCUGGUCAGCACUCUGAAAGCAGCGCUGCAUACUUUUCUUGGCCUACAUCUACUCUAAUGCACGGAUCUGCCGAAGGCCGUGCUAAUUACUUUGGGAAUCUACAGAAGGGUGUACUACCAGGGCAUCUUGGUCGCUUGCCAAAGGGGCAACAAGCCACCACCUUACUUGAUUUGAUGAUUAUAAGGGCAUUCCACAGCAAGAUCUUGCGCCGCUUUAGUCUUGGUACAGCAAUAGGCUUUAGAAUCAGGAAGGGGACAUUGACUGACACACCUGCCAUCCUUGUUUUUGUUGCUCGGAAGGUUCAUAGGAAGUGGCUCAGCCCUACACAGUGUCUUCCAGCUGCACUUGAGGGUCCUGGUGGUGUGUGGUGUGAUGUUGAUGUUGUUGAAUUUUCUUAUUACGGUGCACCAGCCCCGACACCUAAGGAACAAUUGUAUGACGAGCUUGUCGAUGGAUUGCGUGGUAGUGACCCAAUUAUAGGCUCAGGUUCACAGGUAGCUAGUCUCGAAACAUAUGGGACUUUGGGUGCCAUUGUGAAGAGUCGAACUGGCAAUAAGCAAGUUGGGUUCCUUACGAACAGGCAUGUUGCAGUUGAUCUGGAUUAUCCUAAUCAGAAGAUGUUCCAUCCACUGCCUCCUAAUCUUGGACCUGGAGUUUACCUUGGUGCUGUCGAGCGAGCAACAUCAUUUAUAACAGAUGAUGUUUGGUACGGGAUCUAUGCAGGAACAAACCCAGAAACAUUUGUCAGAGCUGAUGGUGCAUUUAUACCAUUUGCCGAUGACUUUGACAUUACUAGUGUCAGCACCUCAGUUAAAGGAGUCGGAAUCAUUGGUGAUGUAAAGGCAAUUGAUCUCCAAUCCCCUAUUGGCAGUCUCAUCGGAAGACAAGUUGUCAAAGUUGGAAGAAGCUCUGGUCUGACAACAGGAACUGUUGUGGCAUAUGCUCUUGAGUACAAUGACGAGAAGGGAAUUUGCUUUUUCACCGACUUUCUUGUUGUUGGGGAGAACCAACAAACAUUUGAUCUUGAAGGUGACAGCGGAAGCCUUAUAAUCUUGACAGGACAAGACGGUGAGAAGCCGCAGCCUAUAGGAAUUAUAUGGGGCGGUACAGCUAACCGGGGAAGGUUGAAACUAAAAUGUGGUCAGGGUCCAGAGAACUGGACAAGUGGAGUUGAUCUCGGCCGCCUCCUUGAUCUCUUGGAGCUUGAUCUAAUUACGACAAGUGAAGGGUUACAAGAGGCCCUGGAAGAACAAAGAAUUACUCUAGCUGCUGCAGCAGCAGCUAAUUCUACUGCCGCAGAGUCAUCACCUGUUGCUGCUCCUCAAGAAAAUGAUAAAGUUGACAAAAUUUAUGAGCCUCUUGGAGUCAACAUCCAACAACUUCCUCGUGACAGUUCUGCCACCUUGACGGACCAACCUUUCGGGCCCAACGAGAACGUGGAAGAGCGUCAGUUCAUCCCGAACCUCAUUGGUAUGUCUCUGCUGCGCGAUGGUCAAGAGGGCAACGGCGAGUUGAAUAACCUGACGGACCUGGAGAAUUCACCCGAUGACAUUUGUGUUUCUCUGCACCUGGGGGAGCGGGAACCGAAAAAACUCCGCUCUGAUUCAACACUGGACAUAGACUUGCAGAAAUGAGGGUACUAUGCAGCAGAACUAUUGUAGGACGCUGCGCAUUAUUCCUUGAUCCAACUUUUGUAUGAAACAUUGAAGAGAAUUUGUGCCCACGAAGGAAAUAAUCUAUUCCUGGACCUGUUCUUCGAGCCAGUUGAAGUUGGAAAGCUCUUGAUCUGCAGUUUGUGUCUGGUGUCUAGUAUGUAGUACUUGCAUUUUGUGUAAGAUGUGGGUAACUCAAUUAGAUCAAGGUAAGAUUGUUGUAUGCUUGCACUGUCAUUUGUUGUAUACUUCGUGAACACAAAGCAAUGUAAGAUUUUGAGCAACAGCAA